CCUCGGCAUGGCCAGUCGCAGAGCUUCGCACCUCUGGGAAGGUGGCGGAGGAGCGAGGCGCGGGACUUCUCUGAGGCUGGCAACACGAUGUGGACACUGCUGAUCUUCCUGUACCUGUCGGCUCCCCUGCAGGCCACGGCUCAGCACUACAGCAGAGCUCUGUAUCCGUCCGCGCACCGGAUCAGGCGAGGAGCGCACGCGCUGCUGGACCCGUCCUUCCAGCGCUCCGUGGAGGACGUCAACCUGCUCUUUGAGAUCCUCCUGGCUGGAUCACAGAUCCAAGGACAAGAUCAUGGAGGCAUUCAGAUUCCAGACGAAGAACUGGCCUCUCUGCGGAAGGUGGAGAAGCUGGAGGUCAUCUGCGAGGACGUGCUGCCCAAGAGCCUCUCCGAGAUCCGCCGACUCAGCGGCAGACUGGAGCAGCACCGGCGGCCUCUCAGCCAGCAGGAUUUUGAACGGACAGUGCUGACUCUGGUGUUCAUCACGCAGACCCUGGAGCACAUCACCGAGCAGAACCAGAGAGCGCUGUGGACCCACUCGUUCACGCGGCUCUUCAGCGCCCUCCUCAAGGACCUCUCCUCCUCCUGAAUGAAGGACCGUGUCUGUUGAGGCAGGGUGUAAGCCUCCUGUUGUUCACUGUUUCCUCGGAAAAUAAAAGUCAACUUUGUCC